AUGAUUCAGACGAGAGGCAGGUACACGGGGGGGGGCACACGACAGCCAUUGGCAGGCAGACAAAAAUCCUCCGCCGUUCCCUAUAAAUCCAAGCGCGAGAGCGAGGAAGUUAGUAGAUACAGCUGGACCUGCGCUGACAAGAACUCUUCUCUCUGCUCAGGACCACCCCAGCCCAGACCCCCCGCCAUGCAGCCCUGGAACCUGGCUUCCUUCAUUCUGAUUGGGAUCUUUUGGGAUGCGGUUCACGUGAAAGGUACGGCUCUUACGCUCACGGACUGCUGUCUGCACACGAGUGACAAGAAGAUUCCGUUCUCUGUCAUAUCGGGAUAUGAGAUUCAGAACAUGGAUAAAGGAUGUCCGAGAGCCGCCGUGGUUUUUUUCACGAAGCCCUCCAUCACGCUGUGCGCUACCCCAGGCUUGAAGUGGGUUGAAAAAACGAUAAAAAAACUUGAUUACAAGAAGAGAAACACCAAGAGGAAGAAGGGGGGGAGUGCAGGCGAUGGAGCGGGUAAGAGAAACGACCCGGCUCCGAAAAAGAAACAGCAACAAGUCCAGUAAAUACCGAUAAUCCGGUGAAUCCGGUUGUAUUCGGGAUCCGUGAAGCUCCUGUAUCCAGUAUUUCCGGGAAAACCGUCUUCACUGACUUUGCUUCUUCUCCUCUCGCGUAUAAUGAAUAUAUUUGAGUAUAUAUGGAUUGUAUACGUUCUGCCGAG